AUGGAGGUCAAGAAAUGCUUAGAGCAAAAUUGUGAGUUUGAAGCUGAGUAUAUAUGCCAAUGCACAUCUCCUGAAGCUUACUUAUGCAAAAUCCACUUCAUUAAUCAUUGCGAAAUAUCUGGAAGACUCCAUAAAUUUGCCCCUAUUUUUUUGAUUCCUAUAGCAGAGACUAAGGAAGCUAUUCUCAAAUUUCUUGCUGAAAAAAAGUCAGAACAUGAAAAAUUAAAGAAAAAAAUUUUAAAUUCCUUUAGUCAAAAUCUUUGGAACACAGAAAAUAAUUUUGAAGAUCUUUUAAAGAAAUUUGAGUCUGGCUCCACAGAAUUAAAUGAUCUAUUUAAAAAGAUUUCUCAAACUAAUAAAUUAUCAAAGUUAGAGCAAGAUCCAAUUUUAAAAUUAUUAUCGUUAAGCCCUGAUGAAGCUAUAGAAAAGGUUAAAACAUUGGUUUCAGUAAACUCAGAUUCAUAUAGUAGUGAACAUGCUUUGUGUGAGUUAAGCCAAGAAAUUGAUAAAUUAAUAGAAAGAUCUAUUAAAGAAAAACUUGAAGACAUUUUUGAGAGCAGAUUCUCGAAAAUAGAAAAAAUCUUAGAAAAGCAUGAUAAAAAAAUCAAUUCAAAUAAGAAAAUGCCUGAUGAUAAACAUACAGACAUAAGAAGUUCUUAUACAGACCUUCUUAAAGAAGUUAAGAAAAACAAAAAAGAAUUUGAAGAUUGAAAAAAAGCUACCAAACUUAAGAGAAAAAAAGAAAUGGAUGCUUUCAACUCCCAGCUGCUCAGUCUCUCUGAAGAAAUCAAUAAAAGAUUAUCAGGUCUUGACGAAAAGCAACAAAUCUCAGAAAAUUCUUCUCUAAGUUCCAAAAUAAAUGAACUUAAAAUUAAAAGAUCAGAGAUAUUAAGUAAUCCAAUUGACCCAGAAAUCGAAUGGGAUUUCAGAAAAACAUGCUCAUUAUAUGAAAACGAGCUAAGAGAGACUUGCAAUUCUAGUCAAGAGCUCAAUCAAGCUUAUAAAGAUUAUAUCAUUACUUUUCAUAAAAGAACAUCUCUUUAUCUUACAAAAGAAGAAAACAAUAGGACAAAUUUAAUGAUUUUUGACACUAAAAAUGAAGAAGAAGAGGUUAAACCGUUGGAUAGUUCAGAGGUAUUAAAUUGGGAUACUUGCAUAGCUCAGAUUCCCAAUUGUGAGCUCUUCUGCUAUGGAAAAGCUCCAUCUUCCGGAAUUUCAUUGAUAAUUGAUGAAAAUUUCAGAGCUCGAACAUUGCCAGCUGGAAAACCAUGCGCUAUAUCAUCAGCUAUUUAUUACAAUAGAAACGUUUACUGCUUCGGAGGUUUAAAUCCUAAUGGUAACAUCUCAACGCUAUCAAAAAGGUUUGAUUUGGAAGGAAACAGAUGGGUCAAUUUAAAUCCAAUGCCACAAGGCGAUUGCUAUUGCCAUUGCGUAACUUUUAAAGGUAAUAUUUUUAUUUCUGGACACGCAAAUAAAAACAUUCUGAGGUACUCAAUCACUAGCAAUUCUUUUACAAAAAUUCCUUUCAAUUUCGCAGCAGAAAAAAGAAAACUACUGAUCAAAGCAGAAAGAUUUUACCUGAUUGAAUGUGGAGGGAAAGUGUAUGAAAGUGAAAUAGGGGAUGAAAAUUCUUGAAAACAAAUAGGAAAUUCAUUAAUUAGUAAAAAUCCUGCACAAGUUUAUUAUUUAUAUAAUAAAGGAGCUAUAUAUAUAGUAACGAGUUUGAAGAUGGAAAGGUAUUUCAAGUUCAAUUUAGCCCAAAAAGUUAUGGUUAAAAUCUAA